GAUUAAAGAUUCAAGUAGCAUCCACCACUAACACAAAUUGGAUUAUUUGUUACCAAUUUUAGCCUUCAUUUAUUAACUCUUCAUCCCUCUUAAUUUCUCAAUUAACUUUCUCUCUCUACAUCUUAGUUGCACAACUUGCAAAACUUUUCUCAGGAAAAAAUUGAGUGCAUUUUUACAUACCAGCUGUUGCAAAACAAAACAACUGAUAAAAAAAGCAUUCAAUUUAUAUUUCACUUGAAUGAACACUCAUCAAAAUAUGAACCAAAUUCAGUUGCUACUCACAAGUUCCUCAUCACUUCACUUGCACGUUUUCGUGUGAUUGAAAUUUUUGUACACUCUACAUAAAGUUUUUUGUCCAAACGUUCUUAUCUCACAUGGCCAUGGUUGAAGAUAAAAACCAUUCUCAUGAUCAAAUUUCUACACCAUCAGUCCCAAUGAAUAACAAUUACACAAGAGAAAGAGAUCUCUUCAACAAGUUCUUAGCGUCGGAGAAUCAACGUCUCCGUCGCUGUCAUGUACCGUUACCAACGGUGAAGCCAGUUCAUCAGCAACAACAGUAUGAUGAACUGGAUGACGAUGAAGACUUGGAACUAAGUCUUGGUCUUUCAAUGAAUGGUCGAUUUGGGUUUGACCCAAAUGCCAAAAAGAUCAAGAGAACAACUUCUAUACCGGAAUCCAUGAUUCCGGUAUCUGGUGGUGGUGUUGGUGCUGGUGGUAGUUCUGGUGGUGCUGAUGGUGGAAAUUUGAUAAGAACAUGUUCAUUACCGGCUGAAAGUGAAGAAGAAUGGAGAAAGAGGAAGGAAUUGCAAACACAAAGGAGAUUGGAAGCUAGAAGGAAGAGAAAUGAGAAACAAAGGAAUUUGAGGGCUAUGAGAGAAAGGAACAAUUUUGGUGGUGGUGGAGAAGGGGGUGUUGGAAUUGAAAGUGGAGGUGUGAAUAGUAAUAAUUUAGGUGAUGGUUUGAUAAGAACGACGUCGUUGGCUAGUCGUGUUGGUGGACUUGGUUUGAAUGGUGGUGAAAAAGAAAAGGACCAAGUUGUGCCUCCUUCACCACCACAAGGUGGUGGUGGUGGUUCAAGUGGUGGUGGUUCAAUUGGUUCUUCUUCUGGUACCUCAGAAUCUGAAGGUCAACAACAUGGUCAAGGAGCAGUACCAAUGGAUACUGAAAACUCGAGCAAGAUUGCUGGACCUCAAAACAAAACAAAGGACCUAAGGAACUUGUUUGAAGACAUGCCAAGUGUAUCUACCAAAGGAGAAGGACCUAAUGGAAAAAGAAUUGAAGGUUUUCUUUACAAGUAUGGGAAAGGUGAGCAAGUGAGAAUUUUGUGUGUUUGCCAUGGAAGUUUUCUUACCCCUGCUGAAUUUGUCAAGCAUGCUGGUGGAGGUGAUGUGGCCAAUCCAUUGAAGCAUAUUGUUGUUAGUUCAAGCUUAAAUUAAUUUGAGGCUAAAAGUGAAGGAAACUAUGAUAUGAGUAAUCAUAUUUUUAUUUAUUAUUAUUGGUUCAUUUGUUCAAUCUUAGACUUUGAAACCAUAGAUGUUUGAGGAUCUGAAUUUGGUGUUUCUUAUUGAGGUAUAUUUUUACCUUGGUCUUGGUCUUAUGUAUGUUGUGACUUUGGGACCUCUAUGAGGUGAAAUGGUACUUGCUAGAGUUUAAAUUUUAUGUUAAAUAAUGUUAAUUUAAUUGUAUUUUUAGACUA